AUGACCUUACUUCCGUACCCUCAGGCCCACAAUCAACCCCCGCCCCCCCAUUCAGACCGCUGCCAAAGAGAAUGUGGUGACUGGCUGGAUCAGCGGGGGGAUGCUGAGGCCUGAGAGCCAAUCAGGAGCCAGACGAAGCCCCGCCGCGUGGUGCUACCCCAGGUGGGGCAGAGGAGGUCCCUGCAAGUGGCCUGGAGCCAAGGGUCCUGGGCGCGGCAUGUGGUGGGCAGGCAUCCGUCCCCAGCCGAGCCCCAGAGUCCUGCUCGAGGCUGCUCCCCAGCUCGCUUUCUCUCCACCCUGUGGCUGCCUUUGGAGGGCUGGGCCAGUCCAGGAGCCCAGCAGGGAACAUGGCCCCUGCACACCCAGCAGCUCCUGCCCCCCAGGAAUCAGUGACCUUCAGGGAGGUGGCAAUUGACUUCUCCUUGGAGGAGUGGGGGUGGCUCACCCCUGCUCAGAAGGAACUGUACCAGGAGGUGAUGCUGGAGAACUACAGGAACCUCGUCUGCCUGGGCCUGGCCAUUUCCAAGCCAGAUGUGAUCUGCCAGCUGGAGAGAGGGGAAGCCCCUUGGGUGCCAGAGGGAGAUGUCUCCCAGAGCAGCUGUGCAGAUUCAGAGGUUAUCCCUGAACCCAGGAAGUCUGCUUCACAGCUUGGUGCUCCUUCAGAAGAAUCUUCACCUGAACGGCUCACAAAGGAUCAUCCCUGUUUCUCCAAGUGGGGAGAAGCUUCAGAACCUAACACCAGGUUGAAAAGGAACUGGUGUGAUGAGGAGAUCCAGUCUAGAAUUCAUACUGGAGAGAAACCCCAUAAAUGUGAUGAAUAUGGGAAGGCAUUGCCCAAAGUCUCACAACUGAAUGUACAUCACAGAAUUCAUACUAGCAAGAAACCAUCAUAUAAGUGUGAUGAAUGUGGGAAGGCCUUUAGCCGGCGUUCACACCUUGAUGGACACCAGAGAAUCCAUACUGGAGAAAAACCUUAUAAAUGCAAGGAAUGUGGGAAGACCUUCAGAUGGAUCACAGGACUUACUCAACAUCAGAGAAUCCAUACUGGAGAGAAACCUUAUGAAUGCAAAGAAUGUGGGAAGGCCUUCACACAGAGCUCACAAUGUAUUCAACAUCAGAGAAUUCAUACUGGAGAGAAAAAUUAUGAAUGCAAUGAAUGUUGGAAAGUCUUCAAAUGGCACUCACACCUUAUUAAGCACCAGAGAAUUCACACUGGAGAGAAACCUUAUGAAUGUGAUGAAUGUGGGAAAGCCUUCAGAUUCAGAACAGGCCUUACUGUACAUCAGAGAGUGCAUACUGGAGAAAAACCUUAUAAAUGUAAUAAAUGUGGAAAGGCUUUCAGACAGAUCUCACAUUUUAAUGAACAUCAGAUAAUUCAUACUAGAGAGAAAUCUUAUGAAUGUAAUGAAUGUGGAAAGACCUUUAAAUGGAGGUCAGAACAUACUCUACAUCAGAAAGUUCAUAUUGGUGAGAAACCUUAUGAAUGUGAUAAAUGUGGGAAGGCCUUCACACAGAGUUCACAGUGUAUUCAGCAUCAGAGAAUUCAUGCUAGGGAGAAACAUUAUAAAUGUAAAGAAUGUGAGAAAGUCUUCAGCCAGAGGUCUCAACUCAUUGUACAUCAGAGAAUUCAUACUGGAGAAAAAACUUACGAAUGUAAUGAAUGUUGGAAGGUCUUCAAAUGGCACUCACACCUUACUCAGCACCAGAGAAUUCACACUGGAGAGAAACCUUAUGAAUGUGAUGAAUGUGGGAAAGCCUUCAGUUUGAGGACAGGCCUUACUGUACAUCAGAGAGUGCAUAGUGGAGAAAAACCUUAUAAAUGUAAUGAAUGUGGAAAGGCUUUCAGACAGAGUUCACAUUUUAAUGUACAUCAGAUCAUUCACACUGGAGAGAAAUCUUAUGAAUGUAAUGAAUGUGAGAAAGUCUUCAGCCAUAGGUCUCAACUCAUUAUACAUCAGAGAAUUCAUACUGGAGAGAAACCUUAUGAAUGCAGUGAAUGUAGGAAGGUUUUCAUGUGCCACUCGUACCUCAUUCAACAUCAGAGAAUUCACACUGGAGAGAAACCUUAUGAAUGUGAUGAAUGUGGGAAAGCCUUCAGUUUCAGAACAGGACUUACUGCACAUCAGAGAGUGCAUACUGGAGAAAAACCUUAUAAAUGUAGUGAAUGUGGGAAGGCUUUCAGACAGAUCUCACAUUUUAAUGUACAUCAGAUAAUCCAUACUAGAGAGAAAUUUUAUGAAUGUAAUGAAUGUGGAAAGACCUUUAGAUGGAAGUCAGAACUUACUCUACAUCAGGGAAUUCAUAUUGAUGAGAAACCUUAUGAACGUAAUAAAUAUGGGGAUGCCUUCAGCCAGAGAUCAAAACUUACUCUUCAUCAGAGAAUUCAUGUUAGGGAAAAAUGUUAAGAAAGAAUGUAAAGAUUGCAAAGGUCAUGAGGCAGAGCAGCACAUUUAUAGUCUAUUAGGAGAUUCCCAGAACCACAGAAUAUCAGUGUUGGAAGGUCUGCCCCAGCCCACUGCAUCUGGUCCUCCUCUGCUUGUUCCUGGAACUCAGUGUGCAAGUCGUCCACACUCUAACACGUCUGCAGUGUCUCUCUCUCCCCUGACUCUUUCCCAACUUUCUAAAAACAUUGAGUCAUAGGAUUCUAAGUGCAGAGCUGGGAGGAACCUCAGACCUUUAAGUUCAACCCCCGUGUUUUACUCAGGAAGAGCCUGAGGCCUAUGGACGUCAGGUGAGUUGGCCAAGCUACACAGGACAGACCCAGGUCUCACCAGGACUUAAAAAAAACCCCAUGGUUUCCAUUCCAGAUGGUCUUCUGAAGCUGCUCUCAGAGUUGCCAAUGACAACUAGUUGCCAAAUCAAAGAGACUCUUGUUUGCUCCUUAUCCUCCUAUUUACUUCCUAUCAUUCUGUGUGACUCUUGGGCACCCUGUGGUUCCAUGUUCUCUGUUCCUCAGAGAGCCCACACUUGGUUCUCCUCCUGUCUCUUUAACUGUAUCUUCUCUCUCCCCUUUACAUUGCCCCUUUCCUGGUCUUCCUAUCAGGGGUUCUCCAAGAGUCUAUUCUGGGCCCUCUUCCUUUUCCUUUUUUUCCCCCUACUUCUUAGGUAUCUCUUUUAUCAACUCUUUUCUGUUUUCCCUCUACAGUAUCUCUCACAUCCCUCCCCUCUCUUUACUUACAACCUAUUACAGACUUUUUACCCAGACUAUUAUAGUGGCCUCCUAAUUGAUCUCCCUUCCUCCAGGAGACUUUUCCUUCUCCAAUUCAUCCUCAGCCACCAGAGUGAUAUUCCUGAAGUCUGUCUCUCCACAUGGCUCCUCAUUCCAAGAACCUCCAGUGGCUUCCUGUUGCCCCAAGGAUGGAAUUCAAAGUCCAUCUUGACUGGGAUCUGUUCCUCACACAGAGCAUUCUACAUCUCUGGGCCUGUACACUGGCUUUCCCUCAUGCCUGGAAUGCACAUUUUCCUCACCUACACCUCUUCUAAUCCCUUUUGUUCAAGGGAAGUCUCCAGGUUACUUUUGUUUUUUGUCUACAUGUUUGACAUUGAAUGUAAACUCUGUGCCUUCCCCAGCACCAAUAAUAGUUCUGUGUACUCAGUUGGUGGAUAAUAAAUGUUUGAGUUGAAUUAA